AUGCCGUGUUGUAUUGAUACCAUUGUAAAAGUGUCUCAAGUUCGACAAACUGAUAGAGAUGAAUCAAAUUUUGCUGUUGUGUGGGCAUUAUGUGUUUAUCCUAUUGAUAGUGAAGAUCGUGAAAUGGAAGUCGUUCUUUUUGUUCCAGUUAACGAUCCCAACAUUCAAUCGGUUUUUGUGAAAGGUGAAUAUUAUAGCGUUUGUGUUGUCGAAGAUCUUCCUAAGGAAAUUGAUAGUGAAAGUGCAAUGUUUAAAUUACUAGUAAAUGAUUAUGCCGGCAAGAAUUAUAGUUUUACUAUUAAGAUCGUUUUUCCAUUCAGCAACAGUCGGUUUAAGUAUUUAAUGAAUUCUAUUCGUUCAAACGAAUCGGUGCUUUUUGUUGUUGGACAUAUUAAGGAAGAUUUAUAUGUAUAUGCUGCUGAUACUUCUUUCGUUGAGGUUUCUUCUACAGUUAAAAGAAAAAUUUCUAGUUCGAGUAGUUCUCAAGUUACAUCUGAAGUUUAUAGAUCUGUUCGGGCAAGGCUUUUAACUGCACAUCAAAACGCUAAUGAAAAGUCUUCUUUGGUAUCUUCGGCUGAGGUCGAUAAAUGUUUGGGAGAUUCAGUUACUAAUGCUUCUUGUUCAAGACAUGUUAGGGUGGAAGAUGUCGAUGACGAAGAUUGUUAUGUUAAGAAUGCUGAUUUUGAUUAUGGUGUUCGUGAACAAAUUGUUGAGUGUAAUAAGGAAUGUUUAGUUAACGGUGUUGAGGAUGAAAGUGGUGUUUUGGAUGAAACUAAAGGAGCAAUUCGUGGUUCUGAAAAACAGAAUAAGGGUAAAGAGAAGGUGACGCAAUUUGUAGUGCAUAAUACGAGAAGUCGAGCUGACAUGGUUAAAGGUGUAAAUGAGGAGAGAUAG